CCCGCUUUCUCAGUAGAGGCCGAAAGCCGGAGGAGGUGGCUGCGGCAGUGGCUGGAUUGCUCGCUUUCCGUGCUCGUCUUGGGUCGGGUUCCGGUCCCUCGGCUUUUCUGCUCCUGCGAGCGAGGGGGUUGAUCUCUCGGAAGGGCCUCUUCACUGACAGGGCGCGGGACGCGGCUUCUCAGCGGCGGCCCACCAUGGGCGACGAAGGCCGGGUGGAGAUAGAUGGCAGCGUUAUGGAAGGGGGUGGCCAAAUCUUGAGGGUUUCUACAGCUCUGAGUUGCUUGCUCAAUAAACCUUUGCAGGUGAAAAAUAUCCGAGCUGGCAGGAGUCAGCCUGGUCUAAGGCCUCAGCACCUGUCUGGAUUGGAAAUGGUUCGAGCUCUAUGUGAUGGACAGAUGGAAGGUGGAGACAUCGGGUCAACAGAGAUCACUUUCACACCUGGGAAGAUCAAGGGUGGAACUCACAUAGCGGACACUAAAACAGCAGGGAGUGUUUGCUUGCUAAUGCAAGUGGCCAUGCCCUGUGUCCUUUUUGCGGCCUCUCCUUCUGAACUUCGUUUGAAAGGUGGCACCAAUGCAGAGAUGGCUCCUCAGAUUGACUAUACGUUGAUGAUCUUCAAGCCAAUAGCUGAGAAGUUUGGUUUGAUUGUAGACUGUGACAUAAAAAGGAGGGGCUACUAUCCUAAAGGGGGUGGUGAAGUGGUUGUCCGAAUGUCCCCGGUUAAGCAGCUAAACCCAAUCAAUUUAAUUGACCGUGGUACAGUGACCAAGAUACAUGGAAGAGCCUUUGUAGCUGGAGCUUUGCCAAUCAAAGUGGCCAAAGAGAUGGCUUCUGCUGCAGUGAAAUGCAUCAGGAAAGAGAUCCGGGAUCUUUAUGUCAAUAUUCAGACUGUUAGAGAGUCGGAUAAUGAGGCCUUUGGAACAGGAUCUGGAAUUAUAAUUGUUGCAGAGACAUCCACUGGCUGCUUGCUGGCAGGAUCAUCCCUUGGUAAAAGAGGUAAAAAUGCAGACAAAGUUGGAAUCGAAGCAGCAGAGAUGUUGCUGGGAAACCUUCGGCAUGGAGGUGCUGUGGAUGAUUAUCUGCAGGACCAACUGAUCGUUUUCAUGGCUUUAGCAAAUGGGAAAUCAAGAAUAAAAACUGGACCAAUUACACUGCACACAGAAACGGCUAUACAUUUUGCUGAACUGCUGACAAAAGCUAAGUUUACAGUGACAAAAUCAGAAGACGACUCUUCCAAGGAUGCCCAUAUUAUUGAGUGCCAAGGAAUCGGAUUGCUAAAUACAAAUCUCUAGUUAUUGCUCUGGGUGGGAUGGUGUUAUGUUUAUUUUGGUUUGUUUUUCUUGAAAUAUCUGCAUAAAUGUAUUGCACUUCGUUCACUGGAAUGUUUGAAUAAAGUGCUUCCUUAAAUUCCC